UCAGGAAAACAUGGGCCACAUCCCAGUGGACAACAGCACCAGCUCCGCUCCCUCCAGUGCCUCGGCAGCAGAACCAACCUCCCCCCAGCACCACCUGGCCCAGCUGAGGGUGCUGAUGUCCCGGCAGAAGGCAGAGUAUGAAUCCAAAAUUGCAAGCUUGGAGCAGAGGAACAGGGAACUGCAGCUGGAGAUUAAGGACAUGCAUUCGAAACUGGGACAGCAGAGAAGGUGGCACAGGCUGGCAGAGAUGAAAAUGCAAAAUGCAGAGAGAGCAAAGGAAGAUGCAGAGAGGAGAAAUGAAAUGCUCCAAAAAGAAAUGGAAGAGUUUUUUGAAACCUUUGGGGAAAUUAACAGAUGGAAAUAAACAGGACGGUGUUCAGUUUGAAGUUGAGCUAAACUGUAGGAGGGAGAAAGGCCCCAUCCCCAUUUCAGCACAGACUCCCACUGCAGA